AUGUUGCGCACCGCUCUUCGCUCUCAACUUCGCUUCCGACCAUCUGCCAGUGCAUAUGCACGGAACUUCGUCUCAACUGCGCUGUUGACCAAGACCUGGGAAACCGAGACCGCAAAUGAUUUGAGGCAGGAGGCGAAGAAGCGGGGCCUGUCGGCCAAGGGAAACAAAGCGACUCUCAUCACCCGAUUGCAGCAUGACGACGAGCAGAAGGCAAUUGCCCCUGCCCCUUCUAGUCCUUCUCCUCAGCAGCAGCAGGUCCGUCACGCGUCGACUACAGAAGUACCCGGCAUUCCUCCGACGGGGCCACCACCAGUGCACCCGAAGGAGUUCAUGAACAUUCAUAUUCCCGAUGUCUCUCAACCAGAGCCUCUACCGGAGACACCGAUCCCCUUGUUGCCGGAUCUCUGGGAUUCCUCUCGUAUCAGAGCCGAGUCUGAGCGUGCUGCACCCGCCGAACCCUCUCAACCCAAGGUUAUUGCUGUCGCCGGAGCAGUCACGCAUCCUGGCGGAGGUCCGUCACACAACCUAUACACCGAAGACGUGAUCGCAGAACCCGCACCGACAAAUAUGUCCACUGGAUUCUGGAGUGACGUUGCGCACGAUCUGAAUAUUCCUACAUCCUUCAAUUUGUCUCCCCCGCAUGCAGGCUACGACGUGCACGAAACAACCUCCACGUCGGGCGCGCAAGAGCGGAGUCACUCACGCACCCUGGACAAGGACGAGGUGAGGGGUAUCUGGCUCUUACUUGGUUUGCUAGCAGGAUCCUGGCUUGCCGGAGGCUGGUUCCAGCUGCCUUCGGCCUUCGUGGAGAAAGCAGAGGAAGUAGCCGAGCAGGCGGAGGGAAAGGCUGCCGGUAAACACUGA